AACCAUUUCUCCACCACCGCAAUGGCGACCCCUCCCACCGAACACAUAGCCUCGCACCUCCUCACCCGCGCCCACUCCCCCGACCGCGCCCAAACCAUCUUCAAAACCCACAUCCAACAACGGCCCCUCCUCCUCCGCCCCUCCUCCCCCGACCCCAACACAACCGCCCGCUCCGCCCGGCAAAAAGCACGCCUUCUCAAAGCCGCCUCAGCACGAAAGUCCAACAAACCCCGCCCCCUCAGCGCGAAGCAAAAACGUGCCCUCGGCGUGCACAAUAUCCCCAAAUCACAGCAAAAGUACAGCAUCUACGAACCGCUGCAUAAACUCUGGUGUGAGUACAUCCGCGGCGUGCUGGGCGUGGACGGCGAGAGAGCAUACGUCGACGCCAACGGUGCAGGGCCAAUGUUGGUGUCUGCGGACUUCCACGGCGCGGAGAUGGAGGUCGUGAGGAGCGGGUGUGUGAGUCGGGUUGGGGUGAAGGGGAUUGUGGUCAAGGAUACGAGGUUUACGUUUGAGGUGGUGACGAGGAGGGAUGCGGUGAAGAUUUUGCCGAAAGAAGGGACGGUGUUUCGGUUUGAGGUGCCGUUGGUGGAGGAGGGGAAGAGUGGAGAGGUAGGGAAGAGGAAGCCGCUGGUGUUUGAGCUGCAUGGGAAUCAGUUCCAGACGAGAGCGCCGGACCGGGCGAAUCGGAAGUUCAAGAUGCAUAUUGAUCUGGAUUUGUGA